GGCUCUGGGACCACUUCCUCCUUCUUACUCUGAAGCUGGAGGCAGGCCUCCUGAACCCUCUGGAAAGACAGGAGCACAUUCUGGGAUGUCUUAGCCGAUCUGUGACCCAGGGUGGGGGCGGCUGAGGGUGCUGCUGGAGGCCUCCUUCCCUGCAUCAGGGGUAGUUGAGGCCCACCCUGGAGGUCUGCAGAAUGGAGCAAGAGAGAAAGAAGCUGGCAUCUGUGUCCAGUCUGGUGACUGUGUUUGAGAACAGCAGGACUUCAGGAGCAGCAUCCAGCGUCUCCAAACUGGAUGCUGAACAUCACCACCCUGGGUGCAGGCUUCCCCCACCUGCAGAACCAUGGACGGAGCCCGAUGCUGAGGAGACCCUGGCCCUGGGGUCUGAGCCCAGGACGGUCAGCAGGAAGUACCUGAACUCUUUGAAGAACAAGCUGUCCAGUGGAGCCUGGAGGAAAUCCUGCCAGCCUGGAACCCACCCUGGGCCGGGGACGCAGGAGCCAGAGGAAAAGAGGAUCGUCCAGGAACUGCUGGAGACAGAGAAGGCCUAUGUGGCACGCCUCCAUCUGCUAGACCAGGUGUUCUUCCAGGAGCUGCUGAGGGAGGCCCGCAGCAGCAAGGCCUUCCCCGAGGACGUGGUCAGGCUCAUCUUCUCCAACAUCUCCUCCAUCUACCAGUUCCACGCACAAUUCUUCCUCCCAGAGCUGCAGCGGCGGUUGGAUGAUUGGACAGCCACCCCCCGUAUCGGCGACGUGAUCCAGAAACUGGCCCCAUUCCUGAAGAUGUACAGUGAGUAUGUCAAGAACUUUGAGCGAGCUGCUGAACUGCUGGCCACCUGGACUGACAAGUCUACCCUAUUCCAGGACGUGAUCACCCGCAUUCAGAACAGCGAGGCCUCCGGCAGCCUGACUCUGCAGCACCACAUGCUGGAGCCUGUGCAGAGAAUCCCGCGCUACGAGCUGCUGCUCAAGGAAUACCUCCAGAAGCUGCCAGCCCAGGCUCCAGACCGGGCGGAUGCUCAGAAAGCGCUCGACAUGAUCUUCUCAGCCGCUCAGCACUCCAACGCGGCCAUCACUGAGAUGGAGCGGCUCCAGGACCUGUGGGAAGUGUACCAGCGCCUUGGCCUUGAGGACGACAUAGUAGACCCCUCCAACACGCUGCUCCGGGAAGGCCCUGUCCUCAAGAUCUCCUUUCGCCGCAGUGACCCCAUGGAGCGCUACCUUUUCUUGUUCAACAACAUGCUGUUGUACUGCGUGCCCAAGGUCAUCCAGGUGGGCGCCCACUUCCAGGUGAGGACCCGCAUCGACGUGGCCGGGAUGAAGGUACGGGAGCUGACGGAUGCGGAGUUCCCCCACUCCUUCCUGGUGUCCGGGAAGCAGCGCACCCUGGAGCUGCAAGCCCGGUCCCAGGAGGAAAUGAUUUCCUGGAUGCAGGCCUGCCAAGCAGCCAUUGACCAAAUCGAGAAGCGGAACGAAACCUUCAAGGCUGCGGUCCAGGGGCCUGAGGGAGACACCCAGGAGCAGGAGCUGCAAUCUGAGGAGCUGGGCCUCCGGGCACCUCAGUGGGUCCGGGACAAGAUGGUGACCAUGUGCAUGCGCUGCAAGGAGCCCUUCAACGCCCUGACGCGCCGCCGCCACCACUGCCGAGCCUGCGGCUACGUGGUGUGUGCCAAGUGCUCUGACUACCGGGCUGAGCUCAAAUACGAUGACAACAGGCCCAAUCGAGUCUGCCUCCACUGCUACACCUUCCUCACCGGCAGCGUGCUCCCGGAGGACAAGGCCGACAGGAGGCAGGGCAUCCUGGAGAAAGGGUCCGCCGCAGGGUCCGCGCAGAGCCUAAUGUGCAGCUUCCUGCACCUGGUGGGGGACAAGUGGGGCAAGAGCGGCCCCCGGGGCUGGUGUGUGAUCCCCCAGGAUGACCCCCUCGUCCUCUACAUCUACGCUGCCCCUCAGGACGUGCGGGCUCACACCUCCAUCCCCCUGCUGGGCUACCAGGUGACCGCUGGGACCCAGGCAGACCCCCGCGUCUUCCAGCUGCACCAGUCAGGCCAGCUCUAUGCUUUCAAGGCUGAAACUGAGGAGCUGAGGGACCGCUGGGUGAAGGCCAUGGAGCGGGCGGCCAGUGGCUGGAGCCCCAGGGGCCCCAAUGAUGGGGACCUGUCUGACUGACCCACAGCUGGCCACUCUCCCCUUCGGCCUCUGUGGUCCACCAUUCUAAGCCGAGCUUUCAAAUAGCUGAUUUCCAGGAACGCCUGGCUGGCUCAGUCUAUAGAGCACGCAGCUCUCCAUCUCAGGGGUAUAAGUUUGAGCCCCACGUUGGGUAUAGAGAUUACUUAAAAAAAAAUAAACUUUGAAAAAACAAA